AUGAGAGCUCAGCGACCAGUGGUGACAAUUGCUGCCAUGAUGGCCGUGAUGUCCAUGGCAGCGGCUGGUGGUGGAGGCGGAUAUGGUGGCAGUGGAGGAGGUGGAUUUGGCGGAGGACAUGGAGGUGGUGGAUUUGGUGGAGGAAACGUAGGUGGCUUUAGUGGAGGACACGGAGGCAGUGGUUUUAGUGGUGGAAGCGGAGGCAGUGGUUUCAGCGGAGGCCAUGGAGGCAGUGGUUUUGGAGGCUACGGAGGAAGCAGAGGAGGCGGAAGUGUAGUCGCAGGAGUCUUGGUUGGCAGUGGGUCCCUUUCGAGCGGCGGCGGAAGCGGAUACGGAGGCGGUUUCGGAGGUGGAAGUGGGGGCGGAUUCGGAGGCGGACAUGGAGGCAACUUCGGAGGCGGACAUGGAGGCAGUUUCGGCGGUGGAAAUGGAGGCGGUUUCGGAGGUGGCUUUGGCGGCGUCGGAGGUGGUCACGGAGGUAGCUUCGGAGGUGGAAAUGGAGGCGGUUUUGGUGGCGGAAGCGGAGGCAGCGGCUACGGAAAAUAA